AUUGCCCAAUCAGUCAGUUAAGUAAAGUUGAAGUUCGUUAAUGCUCCCAUCAGACAUCGCGUGUGAUUUAUACGAAAGUGCUGAAACUAAUUAAAUAAACUACAGUUAUCUGUCAUUUACUGCAAUAAAUAUUUUUAUAUAUAAGUUACUUCCUACACAGAAAUUUAAAGCUUACAACAGCGCAAAUAUUCGCCAUGGUUGCCAUACCAGCUGCAUUGCGCUUGCGGCACUUGUUUGCAUUUGCUCUGCUCAUAUUCGCCGCAUUGCCAGUCACACCAGCUAAAAUGCCGUUAGAGGAACAUGACACGGCAGCUGUUACGAGCGCCAAGCAAGGCGCGGAGAACGCGGCUUCAUCACGAGGACAAGCCGUCAUCGAUGCGGUGCCCAUGGCAGAACGCGCCACAUUCAUUCGCUACCAAUUGGCUAAAGCAAUGAAUCGUUUUAACGCCACAGCAAACAAUGCCACUGGCCGUAGCAUCGAACCACGUCUAUUUUUGGAUCCCAAUGCUGUACUGAGUCCUGAACAAUUGUUGGCAUUCGAGAAUAUUCCCACAUAUGCCGAAUUUGGCGAAGAUGUCUUCUAUUGGAUGCGCGAUCGUUUGCAAGUGGCUGAGGAUGAAUUAUACGCACUGAUCGACCCCCGUUCUGGAAACGUAAUACUGUGCACUUAUCAAGGCAUUUGUUAUGCGGAAAAUGACAUCGGCUACAUCUGCUGUCCUUUUUAAAAAACACAUGAAUAAUGAAAAUACUGAGAUAUUGAGGAAAAAUCAGCUGAAUAUGAAAUGAAAAAUAGUAUAAGAAAACACAGCUAUAAAAAAAAAAUAAAAAUAAAUAUGUAUUAAAAUAGUAUGCAUCGUAAAAUAUUGUUAAUUAAAUAAAGAUGUAUUUUAUUUCGAAA